AUGUUUGGCAAUCGAAAGCCACUGUCAGAGCUCACCCCCCCAAGUGAGUACGCUGGUGUCAACGCUCCCACCACCUCCCCUUCAACCUCCAUUGCUGGCCCGUCCUCGUCCCAUGUGGAGAAUCUGCAAGGUGUCCCUGCUUUCGACGCAGUUCGGCAUCUUCCCUUCAGCCUUGCCACCACAAGGAUGCUGAGAGCAUCUGCCCUAGUCUUCACGGUCCCAGGUCGAUGGUCCUCUCCUUAUUUUUUGUUGGUGAAAGUGAAAUAUCUCACUUUCAUUCUAUCUUUUAAAACUAUUAAAAUUGAGGCACAAUGUUGUGAUUGUUUCUUCAUCACAGAGCAUGCAGCGCCCCCUACCCUGACCUUGUUGUCGGCCUGGUCCAGCAAUGUCACCUGUAACGUGGCUCUCAGGUGUGCUGUGUCACCUGACACGGCCCUGAACACCACCUGCAUCAUCGACCUCAACAGCACUGAGUCCGAGUCCGUCUGUUCUCAGGAGGGCGGAGGAAGGUUCCUCUCCAUCUCCGUCAACCGCACCACCGUCUCCUGUAAUCAUAGUAACCCAGUCAGCUGGAGGCGGGCCAGCGUGGACGUGGCCUCUGUCUGCAGCGGAUGGGGCGGGGUCUCAGUGAGUCUCCUGAGGGCAACGGCCAUCUCUGGGGUUAUCGUUGUCAUGGUUACUGCUGUUAUUGCUGUGGCCAUCUGCACACGCCGACCACAGACGUCAGACUGAUCAGAAGACGUCAGACACACACACAGGAGACAGACAGACACACACAAACACACACACAGGAGACAGACAGACACACACAAACACACACACAGGAGACAGACAGACACACACAAACACUCACAUACACACACACAAACACACACACAUACACAAUUACACACACAAACACACACACAUAAAGGAGACAGACAGAUCAUUAACAUGGGACAUUCAAUUCCAAAUUAACUCAACUUAACUCAAAAUAAUUCUGCUUUGGAAAAUAUCCUGUUAACACUUAAUUAAAUAAAAUUUAAAUUAUUCUUAAUUAAACUCUAUUCAGAAAAAAGUGGGUGGUUUAUUUUGUGGUUAAUUCUGAAUAAGUUGUAUGGUCAAAGAUUCUCUAUAGAUCGUCUCUGGUAUGGUGAGGGCCCCAGGUAGUAUGGAUGACCCAAGUACAGUAGUAUGAUGAGGCCCAGGUAGUAUGGCUAACCCAGGUAGUAUGGUGAGGCCCAGGUAGUUUGGUCAGGUAGUAUGGAUGGACAGGCCCAGAUAGUUAGCCUAGAAAUCUAGA